AUGGGCUCCCGCCAUGAGAUAAAUUCAAGCGCGGUGCGCAAACGGAUUGAAAAUCAUGACUUCAAUAACGAAGCCGGUGAGGAGUAUGAAGCCUCCAGUUUUGGCGGGUUUGGGGACUAUAUGCGGCGGAAGAAGAUGAAACUGCAGAACCUUGAUGCAGAAAUCAGAGCCUCCGCUGGUGACUGCCCGCCGAUAUUUCGUGGCGUAGUUGCCCAUGUGAAUGGAUAUACACAGCCUUCGCUUCAAGAUCUCCAUCGCUUGAUUGUUAGCCACGGGGGUGGUUUUCUCCAAUAUCUGGACGGCAAAACUGUGGCAACGCAUGUCAUUGCUAGUGCUCUUACACCCAAAAAGUGUGAGGAGUUCCGUCGAUAUCGCAUAGUGAAACCCGCAUGGGUGACCGACAGUAUAAAGGCUGGUCGCCUACUCCCGUGGGAUGGCUAUAGAGUAGUAGACGAAGGUCAGGCACAAAAAGUGCUCAAGUUCGGUGAUGGCCGAUUCACAAGCCAGACAAACAGCCCUCGCACUGGCUAUAAAGAGCAAUCAAAGACCAGCUGGUAUAACUCCCAAUUGAGAGAGGGGGUAACAGGUGGUCAAGGUGACUUUGGAUCGCCAUCAAAACCUUUGGCACCAUCUGCACCACCACAAACAUCACAGAUACCAAUACCAACCAUACCGAGCCAACCAUCUCAGUCAGAUUAUGGUGAUUUCCCUAGCUUCGUGAUGGAGGACGAAGCGAGAGAACACCCCACCCCUCAAUUUCAACAAAGUACACCAGUCAGUGGCCAAGCUGUACAAGGCCCGGAGCAAACGCCGCAUCCCAACAAGGAGGGUACUGCACCAGAACCACUAUCUGAUGCCACCUCACUUCUUCAGACAAGUCCUAAGAAACCCGACCUAACCCCUGAAGAGUACAAUGCUCAGCUUCUUUCUGACCCACGGAUGCAAAAGUCCAGUGUUUGUAAUCCUGAUUUUCUGCAGCAGUAUUACAGAGAGUCCCGUCUACAUCAUCUUUCUACCUGGAAGGCGGAAUUGAAGGCUCAACUUCAGGCAGCAACAAAGGAAAAAUCGCUGUCCCAGACAUCACAAAAGAAGCCGCUACCAGGUGCAAGGAGAUACAUCUUGCAUGUAGAUUUCGACUCAUUUUUCGCAGCCGUGUCCCUUCUCAAGCACCCCGAACUGCGAGACAAACCAGUUGCCAUUGCUCAUGGCUCUGGUUCAGGCUCUGAAAUCGCCAGCUGCAACUACCCUGCACGUGCAAAAGGUGUUAGAAAUGGAAUGUGGAUGAAGGGUGCAUUGCAAGCGUGUCCCGAUCUCAAAGUCCUUCCUUAUGAUUUCCCUGCCUAUGAAGAUGCCAGUCGCAAGUUCUACAGCUCAAUACUUGCCAUUGAUGGUGUUGUGCAAAGCGUCAGUAUUGACGAGGCGUUGAUCGAUGUCAGCAACUUGUGUAUAGACGCCGGUGGCUCAAAUGGCAAGGCUAUUUCAGAAGGUUCGGUUGAUCGUGAGCAAGCCAAAGCAGAUGAAGUAGCUCAAGUUCUACGGGAUUCGAUAAAAGAGAAGACCGGAUGCGCAGUCUCCGUUGGGAUUGGAAGUAACAUCCUGCUUGCAAAAGUGGCACUAAGAAAGGCCAAACCUGCUGGCCAAUUCCAGUUGAAGCCGGAAGCUGUCUUGGACUACAUUGGAAAUCUCAUCGUUCAAGAUCUCCCCGGAUUUGGAUAUAAUAUGGGGACGAAGAUGGAAGGACUUGGGGUAAAAUAUGUGAGAGAUAUCAGGGAUCUCACCAAAGAGAGGCUGAUCUCUGCGCUGGGACCCAAAAAUGGCAUUAAGAUGUGGGAAUACGCUCGUGGAAUCGAUCGAACAGAAGUCGGCGACCUAGUCGCGAGGAAGUCGGUUUCAGCCGAGGUCAACUGGGGCAUUCGAUUUGUCAAUCAGGACCAAGCGGAUGACUUCGUGAAAUCUUUGUGCGAGGAGCUGAAUCGCAGACUGAUGGAAAACCUGGUGAAGGGCAAGCAGCUCACACUAAAGGUUAUGCGACGAUCGUUGGAUGCACCGCUGGAGCCAGUCAAGCAUCUAGGGCAUGGGAAGUGUGAUACCUUCAACAAAAGCGUUGCUCUUGGCAUUGCGACCAAUGCAGCAGACGUCAUUGGCAAGGAAGCGAUAUCAAUGUUGAGGAGCUUCAAUUUUUCACCUGGAGAUUUGAGAGGGCUGGGGGUACAAAUGACCAAGCUUGAACCGGUCAAGACUGGCCCUUCAGGCCUGGAAAGUAGCCAACAGCAACUCAACUUUCACAGAUCUCCACGCCGAAAGAAGACCAUGGCAGGUACUGAUCCUGACGAACUUGAAAGUCCAAGCAAAGACAAUUCCGUCCGCAUUCAAGCGGACCCAGUACUCAGCGAUAGUGCCCACAAGCCUCUUAACAUAUCGGGGUCUCAGUUCAUCAUGCCCACUCAAGCAGACCCUAAAGUCGUCUCCGAGCUGCCAAUGGAUAUCAGGUCCAGGCUUGUAGCCCAAGCAAAACCUCGACAAGACUCCCGCUCUGGGUCUCCGUGUCCUCCCCCACGUGAAAUCGGACAAUCUGCCCAAGCAGAUCUUCCUCCCCAGUCUCAACUGGAUCCCGAUGCCCUAGCAGCAUUGCCUGAAGAUGUUCGUAACGAAGUCUUGGGAUACUACAACCACUCUUCAGCUGUCGGCACACCUCCACCGCCACCCGCAGUUCCUGUCCAACAACCACCAACCGCCCCCUCUCUCAAGUUGAGAAGACCGGUUUCACCACCUAAGAAGAGACGUGGCCGUCCCCCAAAGAGCGCGUCGCUGGGAAACAAAUCUAAGCCUCUUACUCAAUCGAGUUUUGUCCUCCCACGUCCAGGGGCUACAGCCGUAUCUACAAAUCUCGAGGAAGACACCUUUUCAAGACAGGCAUCACCAAGCGUCGAAGAAUCAAUAGAGCCUUCUGCUGAGUUCCUCGCGGCUUUACCCGAAGACAUUAGACAAGAAGUGCUCGAGGAACAAAAGCGUACUCGCAUGCUACAGCGUCCGCCACCCAUUGCACCACUACAAAGACCUCCAUCCUCAGGCCAAGGACAGACUGCCUCCUCUGCACCAGCCCCAGUAGAGAAACGUCUCUCUCUCCCCCCUCUCCCCAAACGACCUGUAUUCACAUCGCAGCGCCUCUCACAAUUGCCGGAUCUGCGGGAUGCCGUCGGCUCAUGGCACCAGGCAUUUGCAGCUGGUGGCCCAUAUAGCGAAGAUGUCACAUCAUUAUGUACAUAUCUCAGCAGCGUGACUUUGAAAGAGAAAGACCUGGACAAAGCUGUUUCGGUGGUGCGCUGGCUGAUGUGGCUAGUCGAUGAACACUUGCGAGAGCAGAGAUCGGAAGAGCCGCAUGGAUACCGGCCCGAGGGAACUGUCACUUGGGAAAAGGCUAUCCUGACGAUGCAGAACAGUGUUCAAGAAGCUCUAGAACAGAGAGGAUUGCCUCCUGUGGACUUCGAGUAA